CGUGAAAGCGCGUAUUUGAGAGCGCGCACAGGAGCGAGCGCUCGCACUCCGGCUCUGCGUUCAGUCCCACGCGCUUCUGACCCUCGCUCCUCUCCGGACAUUUCUCUAUUGCAGCCCAGCAACCCAUAAGCAGCCAUGGAUGCCAUUAAGAAGAAGAUGCAGAUGCUCAAGCUCGACAAGGAGAACGCCUUGGACAGAGCUGAGCAGGCUGAGGGAGACAAAAAGGCAGCGGAGGACAGGAGCAAACAGUUAGAAGACGAACUAAUUCAGUUGGAAAAGAGGUUGCGGGUAACGGAGGACGAGCGUGAUAAAGUGUUUGAGGAGUACCAGAGUGUGGAGGAGAAGCUCCUGUCCGCCGAGGAGGUCGCCACCAAGCUUGAGGAUGACCUCCUAGCACUGCAGAAGAAACUGAAGGGCACUGAAGAUGAGCUCGACAAAUAUUCUGAGGCUCUGAAAGAUGCACAGGAGAAACUGGAGCUGGCUGAGAAGAAAGCCGCAGAUGCUGAGGCUGAUGUAGCUUCCCUGAACAGACGUAUCCAGCUGGUGGAGGAGGAGUUGGAUCGCGCACAGGAGCGUUUGGCCACUGCCUUGCAGAAGCUGGAGGAGGCCGAGAAGGCUGCCGAUGAGAGCGAGAGAGGCAUGAAGGUGAUUGAGAACAGGGCUCUGAAGGAUGAGGAGAAGAUGGAGAUCCAGGAGAUCCAGCUCAAGGAGGCCAAACACAUUGCUGAGGAGGCCGACCGCAAAUAUGAGGAGGUGGCCCGUAAGCUGGUGAUCGUUGAGGCUGAGCUGGAGCGCACUGAGGAGCGUGCUGAGCUGAAUGAGAGCAAAUGCGCUGAACUUGAGGAAGAGUUGAAAACUGUGACCAACAACCUGAAGUCCCUGGAAGCCCAGGCUGAGAAGUACUCCCAGAAAGAAGACAAAUACGAGGAGGAGAUCAAGGUCCUCACUGACAAACUAAAGGAGGCCGAGACCCGUGCCGAGUUCUCUGAGAGGUCCGUCGCCAAACUUGAGAAGUCCAUUGAUGACCUUGAAGAGAAACUCUCUCACGCUAAAGAAGAGAACCUGGAUAUGAACCAGAUGUUGGAACAGACUCUAUUGGAGCUGAAUAACAUGUGAAUCCUGCUCACGUAAUCAUGACCAUGUCUGCAUUUUGUACUUUUUUUUUUUUCGUCCUGACUGUAAUCAGUCUGAAUAACAUGUGCCAUUUGUUACAAAAGCUUUAGUUUUUUCCUUGUCUUUUAUUUUCUGUAAUAUUAUGGUACAUGUUUGUUUUUAUUCUGGUUGUGCACAAAGUUAGCAACAAUUGCACUUAAUUCAAUAUAUGCACAUAACGAUUCUAGUGGACACGUCGAGUCUGAAGCCAAGUUGAAUUGAAAUUGUUUUUAUCGUGUACAUGGGAUUAGGUUGUCCUGUGUAUACUGGUGCUACUGUGAAGGCGGACGUCUAGCACUGUGUAGCUUAUAGAGUUUAUGAUUGAAAAUAUACAUUUUUCCAAUUUGGAUCUCAUUCUUUGUGCCAAUAUUUAGCCCUAAAGGGACUUAUUUACCCUCCCAACUUUUAUUUAUUUUUGAUCUCCCUUCCAGUUUUGCAGCAAGAUGUCAGACAACGUUUAUUUGUUGAGUUCACUUCUGCCGAAAACCAUAAUUGGAAAAUGAUGAAAUCAUAUUUGGUUGUGCCUCGUUCAUUUUAGUUGUUUUAAAUGUACUGUAGGUGUAUUAAAUGUCAUAUAAAAAUGUACAAAGCUAAAAAAUAUAAAUAAAACCACUCCGUUUGACAUUU